CACACACGCACGCACACUCAUCUGCACCUCCUCCUGCUCUUCGCAGCUCCGAUCGAGAGGAAUAGAGGGCAGAUUAUGAGAAUAUACGUGAACGCCGAGGAGUAACGGGGGUUCUUCUCCUCCUGUGAGCGGAAAAGGCGUCACGGCGGGCGCGGAGGACGGAGGAGAGAGGGACGCAUCGUGGACAGAGACCGAGGAGACGGAGGGAGGAGGCGACAGCGGCUCGUAAACACGACGGAAAACGGCGAUCAGCGCGGCAGAAAGCGGCUAUCACCCCCCUCUAUCUCCCGCCUGGCACCACCAGCACCAUCGACACUGGUGACACCCCCGAGCCCCUUCGCAUCAUUCCGUCUCCAUCCUAUUUUUGUACGUUAUUGCUGUUUGGCUUUUGCUUUCCGUGCCUCUGCUGUGAGUAUCUGCGGGGCGAACCGCUGCUCGUGUCUGUCGGAGGAGCAGCAUCAGGGGCUGAGCUAGGAGAGGAGGCUGUGAGCCAUCACCCAUAGGAUCCCCCCGCCCACCCCCCAGCGGGUCCAGCUUGGGACGAUUAUCUGCACAUCCGAUCCGGAGGAUAAAGGAAAAAAACAAAAACAGCCAAGGCGAAAUGACCGCACAGUAACCCGCCUUCAGCAGAGUGAGAGAGAGAGACCCCGGCCCCGGUUAUCAGCCAGUCUCCAGCAUCACCGAUGCGAUGGCAUAGUGGCUUCUGCAGUGCAACCGACAGGCUCGACUCCGAUCAGCAGGGCUCUCAUCCACCAUGACCCUCUGAAAGACAUCCGGCACAGGCACAGAUGGGAUGAAAAUGCGGCGGCACAGGGUGUUCUUGCUGUGCACGGUGGGCCUGUGUGUCAUCUCCUUCCUCCACUACUACAAGGCCCUCCAUUACGUCUCCCUGCUGCGGGAGCUCUCGGCUCCAUACCCCAACAUCAAGUCCUUCAUCAUGGUGACCGGCUUCUUCUGGAGGGAGAAGGGUAUGGCCACCACCCCGCUCAGCCCAGCUUCUCCUGAAGAGGCCCCCCCUCUACCCGGUCUCCGGCAGUCAGAUGCCAAAGCUAGAGGCGUGCCGGGUCUCGGGGGAGGAGGCGGAGGGGAAGGAUUUGGCCCGGGGAUCCCGGAGGCCAUAGCUGGAGGUGGAGAUGAGGAGAUGAGGCAAAGAGAGGAGCCAGCACCACCACAUCCCUGGGAGAAACCAAAGGAAAACCAGCUGGGAGACGCAGCAAAUGAGGAAAGCAAUGGCUGCCUGGAACAUUUCCUGCGGCUCCUUCUAAACGGUACCUAUGACUACAUACGUCACAAGAUCCUGUACGUGUUCCUCAACCACUUUCCGGAUGGGGGUCGGCAGGACGGCUGGAUCGCCGAUGACUACCUGCGUACCUUCCUGACGCGCAAUGGCAUGUCCAGGGUGGUCGGUGCGCGAUCGGACGAUGUUUUCGUCAUCAAUGAUGCCGACGAAAUCCCAGCACACGAAGGACUACUUUUCCUCAAGCUGUUCGACGGGUGGACAGAGCCUUUCGCCAUCCACAUGCGCAAGUCGUUGUAUGGCUUUUUCUGGAAGCAGUUCGGGUCUCUGGAGGUGGUGUCGGGCUGCACGUUGAGGAUGCUGCACGACGUGUACGAUGGCGACGGCAUCAAACUGCGUCGGCGCGAAUAUUACACUAUGCCGGGUUUCCGCAAAUACGAGAAUGACACCGGCCACAUCCUGGUGCAGUGGUCGGUGGGAAGCCCCUUCCACUUCGCAGGGUGGCACUGCUCCUGGUGCUUCACACCCGAGGGGAUCUACUUUAAGCUGGUGUCGGCGCAGAACGGAGACUUCCCGCGGUGGGGCGACUACGAGGACAAACGCGACCUCAACUACAUCCGCGAUCUCAUCCGGACUGGCGGCUGGUUUGACGGCUCGCUGCAGGAGUAUCCCCCAGUGGACCCCAAAGAGCACAUGUACGCCCCCAAGUACAUGCUGGAGAACUACGACAGGUAUCGCUACCUCUUGGAGAACCCUUACAGAAAAGAGUCCAGAGCGAAUGAAGGCUAGGUGUCAGGUGGCCAAAAAAAUUAAAAUAAAAAACAUAUGUGGAAAAAAAAAACGCUCGUAGGGCCCAAGUGAUUUUGGGGGGUGGAACGAUACUGAUGAACUGCUUCUCUCAUUGGAGUGAAACUAAAUGUAUCUCCACCAGGCAGCACUGAUGCUGCUCUUUUAAGUCAUUACAUUGGGGUAAGAAAAAAGGGAACACUGAAUCACAUCCAUGGAUUUUGAGAUGAGAGGAUAAUAACCACUGGAUAAACAGAAUCUUAGAUUUCCUCAUUCCUCCCCUUUUCCGGGAGGCCCCGAGCUAUCUCUCUAUUUGUCACCCGUCCUUCCUUCUGUCACCUACCGAUUCGACGCGCCUGUUCUCUGAGAGAAAAUGGCAGCAAGAAAAAGCCAGGGGUCUAUCGCCGGCAGGUGAAACCCCUCCAUGGAUCUGACAAACUCUGAAGGGAAGGACCGUUUUGGUUUUGUCUGUGUUUACUGAAGUUUACAGAUUGACCGAUGUUCCCACUUCACUCUCCACCUCCAGAUGUCUUCCUGUCAUAUUUGGUGACCUCCUUCCAGACAUAAACUCCUGCUCAGAUACUUUCAUUGCUCCCGAGUGUCGGUAGGACAUUACAGGAACCCCCCCUCCCCCCCACCGGAGCACCGACAGCCAAAUGAAAGGGAAUGACUCAGUAGAGAUGUUUCAGCUCAUACAUAUGCUCACGUUCAUCUACAUGCGCCUUAGAGUUGUCUGUGUGUGCUUGUAAAAGGAAAAAGGAAUAGGGGGUGGUCUGUAUGUGGUUUUUAUUUGUAUCAUAUUUUGAGAAAAUGGAAAGGAAGAAAGAAACUGAUGGGAACAGGAGAGGAUGAAACUGGGAUGAGAAAACCUGAGAGAGAAGGCAGGAGAGAGUGUGAGGGGAGUAUAAUGAGUGAGGAGGAGAGUGUGUGUGUGUGU